AUGGGAGUCCAGCUCGGGCAGGUCAGUGGGGAGGGAAUGGGGCCUGGCUCGGGGUGGGUGGGGGGAGGGGGGAUUGGCUUGACCCCCGCCCCUCCACAGCAGCUGGGUGUCUUGGGGUUGGUGGGUGCUGCCAGGGGGGAGGGCAGUGGUGGCUGGAGGUGGGAGGCAGAUGUUUGUUUUGAGGAGGAGGAGGAGGAGGGUGGAGGAGAUCAGCUGAGCUGGAGAGGGAGGGGAGCCUCUGUGUCUUUCUCUGUGUGUAUGUGUGUGAGAGAGGGAACAUAUUAGUGCAUAUAAUGUAUUUUGGGAAAUAUCUGGUACUGUGUUUAGAAUUCCAGGGCAGACCAAUCUAUUUUUGUGUGUGUUUCUAUGUGCAUUACAUAUUAAGGAGAGGAUGCAAUAGUGGAUGUUGUGCAUCUUAAGGAAACAAUCGAAUGCUCAGUGGCAUAAAUAUGUUUAAAGAUCUAAGAUAUUGAUUCCCAAGCUUAUGCAUGCUUAGUCAGAAGUAAGCCCUACUUAAUUCAGUGAGACUUAACCCUCAGGAAGGUAGGCAUAGGAUUGCAGCCUAAGAACUAUGUAUCCUGGAAUGAUAAUAAUAAUAAUAAGAAGAAGAAUGUGCUUUGAAGUUCUUCUUAGAUCUCUGCACAAAAACAAUCUAAUGUAGUGUGUGUUCUGUGUGUAAGAGAGAGGCAUCCAGCUGGCUAAAAGGAAGAGGAUGGAGACUUGAGCAAUGGAGAUGUAUUUAUGCCCUUAUAUGUGAUUUUUCCUGCCUUCUGAAUAGGAGUUCAGGGCCCUGUGCAUGGCCCCUCCCUUUUUUUAUAUGCAUUGCAACUCUGAGAGGUCGAAACUGAGUGACAGGCCCAAGGUUGCUCCAUGAGAAGAUUUUGGCCGAGUUCUGUGCCCGGCUGGAACGAAUUAUUAACUUUUAGGAUGGAAAGGAACUCGGUGUUUGGAAGUCUGAGUGUAUCGGAGCUGAAUGUAUGUUGUUGGUUUUUCAUUGCAUUUCUGCCUCAAGUUUCUUCAUUCAUGAACCCUGAGGCAAUGUUCAUCAGGGUUCUUGGGCAAUUCAGGAAAAAUGAUCUUUUCCCAACAGAUCCAAACCUGUUGAGGUUCAGACCAUAGCCUUAGGUCUGAGUGAAUUUUUGGGAGUCAGCAGCUGAGUAAAAUGCUAAAUUUAGAUCACCCUAGAGCACCAGAAAACAUUUUGAUGCAAGUUACUCUAUGAAAAUUACUCUAAAUUUCCUGAAAACCUACUUUACUGGUUUAAUGAUACAAAGCCUGUGUUUUUCUGUUUUGUUCAGUACCCUCACCUCAAUUGUAUGUGUGUAGGCAACAGUAACUGCUUUAGUCCCAGAGACUUAAAAUAUUUAUAAAUGGCAGUGAUAUUUUAAUUCUUGGUGAAAAGUAUGAGUAUGCAAGGCUUUUGAUCACACAAAACAUAACUAAACAACAAAGCCAUAUAAUAGUGCUCCAAUAUUUUCAACAGGGAUUGCUAUUUUUGGUGCAUGAUCUAUCUUCUCAUUCAAUCUGAUCUCUCUAAAACAGAGUUGGAGAACAUGUGGUCCGCCAACUGUUGUUCCCAUUGGCCUCAGCCAGCAUGGCCAGUGUUCAGGGAUGCUGGGAAUUGUAGUCCAACAACAGCAGGAGGGCCACAGGUUCUUCGGUAUCCCAGAGGUUCCUUAGAGGACUAGUUGAUGAGGAAAGGCUCCCUUUAAAGUAGGAUGCUUAAACUCUGCUGGUCUAAAGGUUGCAUUUGAUUUCCACGGUUCUUCUUUCCUCUCCAAUGCAACUUUUGCUAUCAUGUCUCUCUUUUCAAUCUGACCAUCCUUGCACGGCAGUGAACCCUCCUCACAGCCCACUCUUGUCCUAAUUCAUUCGUCUGCAAUAUGAUAUGAGUGUUGGUUGCUCUGCCAGAUGUAUAAGACUUCAAUAAACAAGUGCUUAGUCCUGUAAGUGAAACUGUCUGGCCACGGAAGGAUAAAAUAGUCUAGCUGUCAGUGGGAAUGGUGAAAAUAAAAGGCAACUGGUGGUACAAAUUGCAAAUGAAAAUAGUUUAUGCCUAUUGCAAGGGGCAGCCUUAUUGCUCUGAUCCAGCUAGUGCCGUCAGUGUACAGAUAUAUGUUUCAUGCACAGUAACCUCAUAAUUCUUGUGUGGGUGGGUUACUUGGGACUUGCACCUGUCUGGUGCUUUGUUUCUUACAUCUUCAUUUCACCAUCUACACUCCAGAUACAGCUCUGUGCUGCCGUUUCCAAUCCGGUUGUUUAGUGCAGUCCUAUGAUAGCUGCACAUUUGACACUCUGGUUGUGCUUUAAAGAGCUACUGGAGGCACCUUAUGUUGGCUGCUUUUGUACCAUGUUUGUUCAUUCUUGGUAUGCGUUUAGUUUUAGGUGCUUCAUAUAUGUUACCAUGUAAACCUCACAAUAACCUUGUAAUGCAAGUAACUAUUAUUUCCUUAUUGCAUCUAAGGAACGGAGAGCAGGAAAGCUGAGUUUGUGAGGAAGUGGGUCAUAUCAAGCCACCUGGUCACUUAGAAUGAUUUUGCUUAUUUCUCUAGCUGUUUAUUUACAUAGAGUAAUGCUGGUAUGUUCUGAAUACUACACAUGGGCUAAGUAAACCUUACUUUCUAGGGAGUGCCCUUUUAUCAGAAGCUUAUUUGUUUAAGUAUUGGGAGUGUUGUGCUACUAUGCAAGCUGAGCGGUUAUUAACACCUGCAAAAAUCAGAGCUGGUUCUGUUUCCUCCUGGGCAACUGUAGCUCAGUGGUAGAGCCUACCUGUUUAGCAUGCAGAACAUCCCAAGUUUGAUCCCUGGCAUCUCUACUUUAAAAGGUCAGGUGGCAUAUAAUAGGCACGAUUUCACCCUGGAGAGCCACUACCAGUCAAGCUAGACCAGUGGUUCCCAAACCUUUUCCACUGUGGACCUCUUGAAGGUUGCUAAUUGUCUUGGCAGACCCUUAAAAAGUUUCUUCUGCCUGCUUCAGCAAUUGUAAUGUGUUGUGCCAGAAGCUGUACAUUUUUAAAUUGUAUUUUUAUGGCUUCUUUCAUUUUCUGUAUUGUAUUCUUUUAUAUUGCAUUUCGAAUUCUGUAUAGUACAAUAUAAAAUACCAUAAAACAUAAUAGAAGAAAAAGAGAAAGCAAUAAGAAUACAAUUAAAAAUCUGAUAUUUAAUGCACUGUGCUCACCUUCCACAAUUGCUGCUCCCACCGUUCUUCACAGACCCAGAACUGUCUGAAUGAAGCUUGCCGUGGACCACCGUUUGAGAUCCCCUGAGCUUGAUUGAGUUCUGUGGUACUAGUUUCAGUUGAUGGUGCCUAAGAUUGUGGACACAACACUUGUAGCUAUUUGCUGUAUCGUGUGUCCUCCCAGUUCUUCCCCAUCAUUCAGGUUAGGCAGGUGGGUCAAGCGAGUGGUGCAUGCAUUAUUACUCCAGCCACCCUUAAAGAGGAGGUUGUGCGACAACAUCUAAAGAAGCCAGAGGUCUAUGAUAAUGAUCACCCAGUCAUUAAUACCAUUCUUGGGCUGGGAUAGUCUAAACUGUUGUGACUCAUGCUUAGGAACCUUGAGGGUAACCUCACAACUGGAUUCCUGUGAUGUGGUCUGUGAAGAGCUACCCUUGAGAUUGGCUCAGAAGCUGCAGCUAGGUUGCUCAGUGGGGCAUCUGCUGCACAACCCCUGUACUGCCAAUUAGCCACCGAGUCAAGUUCAAGGAGGGUGUUUUGUUAUUGUUGCUUCUGGCUGCUAUAGUUGCUGCAACUAUGUUCUAUGAUUAUCUGGGUUGUUUGCUUAUUUUAAUGAUUUUUGUUUGGAUGGUGCAGCACUUUGAGAUUUUGGAAUUGGAAAAUUUGUAUGUGUAUGUAUAAGUAGAUAGAGAGAGAUAUAUGAAAUAAACAGAUAAACAAAUAGUCAGCCAUAGGAUCCCUGUCUAUGAUGGACCUGCCAUGCAGAAUUCAGAAGAGAGGGCAGAUUUCCCCUUUAAGUUCAGUGCUUUUUUUACUCUUUCUCCAUAGGAGUGAAUUCACACCAACAAGCUGAUGGCCACCCACUUGGAUGGCUUUAAAAGAGUAGACAAAUUCAUGGAGGCUAAGCUCUGCUUCUUGCCUCUGAAUACCAGUUAAUGGGAUCACCACUGGGGAGAGGUGCUGCUGAGCUUUGUUUCUGCUAGUGGGCUUCCUGUAGGCAUCUUGGUGGCCACCUACAUAUCUUGUGGCAGUGAAUCCCAUGUAAGGCAUUUCCUGCCCCUUCAUCUGCAUGUAGAUCUGCCAAGGGUUCUGUGUCUGGGACCUGCUAGAGCGCAAGAAGAAUGUUUGUAUCUAGGUUUUCGAUGGACACAAGUGCGAUCUAGAACAGAAUGUCGCAGUGUGGAGUUGCAGCUAGCCAGCCAUAAUCUUUCCCAAGAUAGAGUGUUACCUCGGUUUAAGAAAGCCCUGUUUAUGUACUAUUCGGUUUACGAACUCCGCAAAACCGGAAGUAGUGUCCCGGUUUGCGAACUUUACCUCGGUCUAAGAACGGAAGCCAAACGGUAGAAGGGCACCAGCAGUGGGAGGCCUCAUUGGGGAAAGCACCUCGGCUUAAAAAUGGUUUCGGUUUAAGAACGGACUUCCGGAACAGAUUAAGAUCGUAAACCGAGGUACCACUGUACUCCAUUCCAUUCUCCUUCCCUUUCUCCAUUUUCUAUUCUCCCUCCCAACACAAACACUAACCCCUCCCCAACAUGUUAUGGGGCUGCUGAGUAUGUGCAUUCCCUCACUAGUUUUGGGGUUCCCUCUUCCCCAUGGUCCCCCCUCCCCCCAAAAAUUCUUCCUACUUCCAGAAACCUUUGGGUUCUGUCAAGCCAGCUAUUAUUUCCCUCUUGUGUAUGGAUGGUGCCAUUUUCCCUAUAUAGAGAGUCCAAAUAAAAAGAAUCAGUUAGCUAUUGGUUUAAAUACUGCAUGUGAUUGUUCCCCUGUAACAGAAUGGGUUGGGUUUUUGUGUGUGUUUUUUUUACAAAAAAUAAAAUGCCCUUUUGUCUCUAGAGCAGGCUUCCUCAACCUCGGCCCUCCAGAUAUUUUGAGACUACAAUUCCCAUCGUCCCUGAUCACUGGUCCUGCUAGCUAGGGAUCAUGGGAGUUGUAGGCCAAAAACAUCUGGAGGGUCGAGACUGAGGAAGCCUGCUUUAGAGAGUGACGCAACUUAGUAAUUGCUUUCACCCCCUUCAGGCUACAGUAAUGAUCUCGUGGAAAUCCUGGGCUGCCUGCUGACCGGACUUGGACUGAGUUGAGUUGCCUGCUGUAAAACUACAGAUGAGAAGCUUGGUAUUGUGUCCUCUUGCGCAGCCUCCUUGCUGGCACUUCUUCUGAUGGAUAGAACCAGGACUCGGCAGUUCUCUUGAAAAGCGAGUUUUGUUCAGCUGGGGAAAUAUUUCCCCCGCAUCUUAAUAGCAUCUGCCAUGGACUCUUCGGUGAUCCUGCUGGAGAAGCAAGCCAGCAACGGGGGGCCCUACAGCUCUGAGCAGCCUGUGGAGAUGGAGGCCAAAUUGGAGCGGCCAGCAGAAGGAGAUGGCCUUCAUGGUAAGCUGUUUCUGCAGAUCAGAUUUGUGUUGCUGCGAGGAAUGUGUUUCUGAAGGUAGUGCAGUCAGGCUAAGGACAUAAGGCGGGCAGUGGACAACCUGAGGAAGUGCCAUCCCACUUUGGGCCUGUCAAGAGAACACAGGUGAUGUCCACUCUUUCCAGGAUCUCUCCUCGUUUUGAGAUUUUAGUGCAGUGGUUCCCAAAGGGCAUGGCGUGCCACGCUGGCGUGACAGGAAAGGAUGACAAGGGUGGCAGGAAGAUAAAAGGACCAUCAAAAAAACAUUCAAAUGCUUCAGUGUAGUAUAGUAUACUAUAGUAUCCAUUUUUUAUAUUCAAAAUGAGAGCAAGAGCAUCAAGUGAUAAAUUUGAUGCGUUGCGAGCAAAUUUUCAUUCUGAAAGGGUGGCACAGAGAAAAAAGUUUGAGAACCACUGCUGUGGUUGGUGAGCUGAGAGUUGGUUUAGACCCUGGGUGAGAAUCCAGAGGCUGAGGGUAGUGGUGUGUCAGAAGGAAACUGAAUAUAUAUUUAAUUUUUAAUGUACAUUUUUUGUAGCUGUGUAUUUUUGUAAUAUUUUGUUUAAGUUGUCCGUUGUUGCUUUAGUUUUUUGUACAUCGCUGAGACAUAUUUUUAAUAUAUUAAGUGAUAUGGAAAUUAAAUAACCCAAUCGAAUCAAAUAAGGUGAGCCCUGCUGGAUAGGACCAGAUGGCCAUCUGCGUUAGGUCCCUGUGCCUGAAUUCCCCCAUCCUUGUCCUAGCAGGUCUGGUUGAAGGGUCAGGAGCAGGCAAUUUGACAGAGCUCUGCUUGAGGACCCAGAGAGCUGCAGCCAGUCAGGGUAGAUAAUGCCCAGAUUUCGUAUAAUGCAGCUUCCUGUGUUCCCAGUGCUUUUCUUCUGAACAGCCAAAGGUCCCAGGCUAGUCAAACCAGGUAGGCCUUUGCCAAGGUAUUUCUUAUAGCAGGGAUGCUUUAAAGACCUAGGAUAUCCUCUCUUUAUAGGAAGGGGAAACAGACUGGAGACCCAUCCUUCCACCCCUAAGUUUGUAAGGGAUGUGAACCUAGUGCAACCCAAUAUUCUGCUCUUUUCCAGUGACUAGUGUAAAUGACAGCAAAGCGCCAGCUGAAGGGGAAUGCCUGGUUCCAAACAGCUGCGAGGUGCCAUGUGCGAAUGGACCAGCAUCUCGCUACCCUGUCUCUUCUGACCCCAACGGCAGCCCACGUGGGGAAGUACCAGCUCCAGGUGUGCCCGGUUUCCAUGACAACCUAAAGCCGUCUCAGGGAGCUAGUGCUGAGGGCAUAGUGCUUAGGAAGGAAGCGUUGCAGUCCCUCAAACUAAGCCUUCCCAUGCAAGAAACCAAAUUGUGUAAGCAUCUGUUUAUGGCGGAGCCCCCUGUUUUUUUCUCUUGCUCCAAGAAAAAAAAAGCUCCCUCCCCCACUUUCCAUUACUCUCCUGGCCUCUGCAGACUCUGUCUCCAAAUAUCACUUCAAAAAAGCUUGAUCUGAUACUGUAAUUUUGCUCUGUGGCAAUUGGUGCUUGUGACUCUGUGUUUAACACACUUACUUUACUUAACAUUGUUGGGCUGAAUAAAUGUUGCCGUUAAAACACUGUUAAAAACAAAGGACCCUUAUUGCUUUCCUUUUUUUUACUUUUUGCAUUCCAGUUAGACAAGUGCAAAUUCAGAAUAAUUAUAUUGUAUAAAGCCAGGCUUGUAUUUUAACAGCUUGCCAUAGGUGACCAGGAAAUCCAUGCAGGUGAAUAAAAGUGCUGGCAGAGGAGAGAUGAAUUGCCUACUUGGUAGAAAGCUAGAUUUUUUUCUACUGGAAUCUUCUCCUUGGCCAGCAUGAGAAUAUAGACUACAUAUAUUAGUACGUAUAUAUGUUUUUGCAGGCUGAUAACUGUUUGUUGCACUUACUUACAAGCCUGUAACCCUGCACAACAUCACCUGUUUAGAUAAAAGCCCAAAACACUUGAGGUUUAGCUAGUUAUUUAUCUGUGGGCAUUUAUAUCUCACCUUUUAAAAUGGCCCAUAAUAUUAAAAGUUAAUGUAAUGAAAUAAAUAUGAAACAAGCAGCAUUAAAAAAAUAAUAAUCAAUUGGCAGGGAAGAAAAGCACAUAAUUAAAAUACUUGGGGGUGAAACUUUAGCUAAGGUCAAACAAACCUUCCUUGUGGAGAGCUUUCUACAAGUGGGAUGUCACCACUGAGAGUGAUUGCAAUAAUCUGUUUUCAAAUCUAACCGCGAGACCACAGUUCAGUCAACUUGUCCUGUGGCUGCCCACCCUUCCCUCAACCCAAUAAAAACAUGGCAAUUAGGGUUUUGCAACAGGGAGGGAGCUGUGAACAAGUUGCUUGAAGAGCUGUGGAUCAUAAACUGUGCACUCUUAAUAUCAGUGCUUACACAAGGCAUUGGGGUUUGGGGCACUUUUUUCAGCUGCACGCUCACCUGGCUAAAACCGCAUGCUUUGCUUAUCUGCAUGAAUAUUGUAGUAAGUCGUGAGAUAGGGGUAGUUAUAAUGCCCCCCCCAGAUGUUGCAGGACUCCCAUCAUCCUGACUGUUGGCCACAAUGGCUGGGGCUGAUGGGAAUUGGAAUCCAGCAACAUCUGGAGGCCACCAUGUUGAUUAGCCCUUGAGUUACGGAAAUAAGUUUGGCAUCGCCCCGCUCAGUCCUUCUACACAAUUCACGUAUGAGCGGGACUGAAGCCAGCUCUUUAUGAACAACUUAUAUCGGGAGAUGAUGCAUUUCAGUGGAUAGCCAGUUGGAGGAGAAGCCUGGGAAUCUGGAUCCAAGCCUCUGCUCAGCUCACAGUGACCUGAGGUUGUCACAGUGCCUCAGUUCCUCAUUUGUAAGAGGAGACUCUACUGACCUGACCCUUGUGGGGAUGUAAAAAUGGAGGGUUCUGAAUUUGCUUUGCGUCCAAUUUGCUUUGCUUUGUGCCCAAUUUAAAGCAAGCGGAAUCUUCAGAUGUAACCAAAUUAUACAUUGAGGUGGGUCUUGCUGACUAGUCAAACCCAAGAGCUGGAAUUGAUGUCCUUGUUCCCUUGAGCUGCAUCUUCUCCAUGACCAAUUGUUAACAAUCUCACAGUGCAUCCCAAAAUGUCUUUGUUUGUUGGUGUCUUUGAGGUACUGGGUCCCAUUCUGGGCAGGGUACAGAAUGGGUACUGUUAAGCCUUGGUAGAUAGAAGCCUCAUUGGAUUCUCACUAAAUUAACUUCAUUUCCCCCAAAAAAGCAUGUAACCUUUCAGUCUAGUAAUUGAAAUGAAAGAACUGUCACUUUUCUGUCUCUCUUGCUGUUUUUACUUCUUCCCUAAUUUUUGCUAAGAAACAUACAUUUCUACCCAGCCUAGUAAUAGACACACACACAUCUAAAUACAUAAAACCUGUCUUUCAUCCUGUAGGUUCAGCUGAUUCUUCUCUCCCUUUAGAGAAGGAAGAACAAAUCAGACUUCAGGCAAGAAGGCGCCUUGAAGAACAGCUCAAACAGUAUCGUGUAAAAAGGCACCAGGAGAGAGUAAGAGCCUAGCAAGUGGUUUCUCUGGUGUUUAUGAAUUCUAAUGACUUGGGAAAUCCUGUAAACUGCUCCUUGGUGCUGCAAAGCAUCAUUUUAGGUGAUGCUGUGGGAUGGACUCCGUUUGUGGAGGGGGUCAUUGCAGCAGUGUGAUCCACAUAUCUCCAUUCAGCCCUUUUUAAGGCCAAGAGCCGUAGCAGCUUUCACAGACAACGGGCCCCAUUCAGAAGUAACAGAUAGCCAUGUCAUGUUCCCUUGCUGUAUGAACAAGCUGUGGUGAACAUUGGGCUUAUGCACCCAUCACUCCCCUAUCUUCUUCAGAAGCUCUUGCCUAUGGUUUUACACAAAUCACAGUUCCUUGUGACAUCUAAACCUGAGGAACUGUUGUUUGUUUAAAGCCUUUCUUGGUCAUUAAGCCAGGAUCCGAUACCUUGGAAGCUGAACGCCUUGCAAGUCAAACAUUUUGGCUCCCGAACACCGUAAACCCGGAAGUGAGUGUUCCGGUUUGCGAAUGUUCUUUGGAAGCCGAACGUCCGACGCAGCUUCCGUGGCUUCCAGUUGCGUGCAGGAAGCUCCUGCAGCCAAUUGGAAGCUGUACCUUGGUUGUCGAACGUUUUGGAAGUCGAACAGAUUCUGUUUGGCUUCCAAGGUACGAGUAUACUAUGGUUUGAUCCUGGCUUGUUUUCACUAAUUCUAGUUAUAAUUAACUGCAGUACCCUGAGUUUGGAAGUGCUGUGGCUAGCCCCACCCAUAACUCUGUGUUGGGUGGCAGAUGACACUACCAUAUCACAUGGACAUGCCAGUAGUGUGCUAAAUAGUGAGAAUGCAUUCACCCUCUUUAUUCUCUGAGCAUAUACAGUGUGCAUGCCCUAGAAGGUUACUUUCCCCUCCCAUCUAUAUUAAAAGCUAGCGGACAAUUUGCCAUUGAGGCUGAUGCUUUUUUGACUUUCACUCUGGUGUGCCAAUAGAGAACCUGUUGCUGGACUCUCAACCUCUGCCGUCGUUGAUCAUUUGCCAUGCUGGCUGGGGCUGAUGGGAGUUGCAGUCCAGCAACAUCUCAAGGGCCACAGGCUCCCUAUUUCCGUUCCAUACAAUCACAGAUAACUGAAAACAACAGUAUUUGGCUCAAAUCAAUGACCUGGUUCCCACUAAACAUUAAGCCAAACCAAGGUUUAACUUGAAUGGGUGGUCUCCUUGUGUGUUCGCCUGCUGCACUCAACCAAGCCAUCGUUUGGUGUAGCAUGUUGUUCAAACAACACACCAAGUCAUGCCAUGGCUCAGCUCAGCUCAGUGUAGCACAACAGCAGAAUGACUGAGGAGGAGCAGAGUGGCUGAGAUUCACUCUCUCAGAGUCCACGUUCUUAGCUAUGGUUUGACUUCGUGUGAUGUGCAAACCAGACUGAUGUCCACCCAUGGAUCUUUCACAAAACCGAUUGGCCUGACACUUGUUUGUUCAGGUAGAGCCAUUUUGAUGUGUUAACCAUACUGAUGUGGCGGGGGUGUUUGCCAUCCCUAAAUCUGGUGGUGAAGGAAGAAUAAGCUGUAACUUUAAAUAUUAAAUAUAAAUAUAAACUUGAAGUAUUACAUUUAAAGUUCUCGCACUGAAAGGAGGAGACUGACUUUUGCAUUCAGGAACCUCAAAAAGAAACCUUGGUUGCCGUUCUAUGAUGAUUUCCAUUUGUUUACAUGACGGGCAGUUGAUUGGUUUAAAAUAAAAGACUUUGGUGAUCAGAAAUUGCAUUCCAUUUAUACUACUGCUUGUCACCUUCUUUUUCUUGUCCAAGCAGUCUACAGCUAAAAGCCGUCCCUCCAGUACCCUCGAUCCUGAGCUGAUGUUACAUCCAGAGACUUUGCCGAGGGCCAGCACUGUGUCUAUGACAAAAGAAUACUCAUUCUUGCGAACCAGCGUCCCGCGGGGACCAAAACUGGGAAGCCUGGGGCUUCCGACACAAUCAAAAGAAAGGAAAAGUUCUAAAUCUAACAGGUCAAGUAGAAUCCGGUCUCUGGCAGACUAUAGAACUGAAGAUGCAGAAGGGCAUGUUCCGCUUGAUUCACCAAGUGGCUCCCUGAAGCAGAAUCGAAGCAGCCUGACAUCUGUUGUGUCUGAGAUCAGGCUAACCCCUGAUCCUGAUGACCGGCUGGAGAAUUCCUCCCUGGCCGGAGAUAGCGUCUCUGAUAUUGACGGAAGUGAAGUAGGAUUGAGGCUGGACGGCAACGAGAGCGACAGUUCUACGUACAGUAGUUUAUCGGGAAGGGGGCCCUAUGGCGCUUUGCUCAAUUCCGAAAGCAGGCAGGGCACUUCGCUGACUGUAAAUGGCCAGGAGGUCCCUUUGGAUGCAGUUGGACAGUUUCCUUCCAUCAGGGAAGUGUUGCAGGCUGCUGCUGCGACAGAGCACCAUCCUGACGAUCAGGAAGUCAAUGGGGAAGUGAGAAGCAGGAGGGACAGCAUUUCCAGCAGGUAAGUGCAUUGCAAUGGCUUUCAAACUUUUGAACCUCCAGGGAAUAUUUUUCUGCCUUGACUUGUCUGCGAAGGAAUACCUCUGUCUCUGCUGUGAAAGGUGCUGUGGCGUCUUCUGCAGUGUGCAGUCAGCUUGUGAAGAGCAUUAGCUUGGACUGUUAUAUGAAGGCGCUCUGUGCUGACUUGGUUGGCAAGUCCAUCAAGCUCAGUGCUGUCCACUCCAGGGAUAGGGAGCUUGUUGCCCUCCAAAUGUUGUUGGACUACAGCUUCCAUCACACUUGACCACUGGCCAUGCUGGUUGGGGCUGAUGGAAGUUGGUGUCCAGCAACAUCUGGACGGCCUCUGAUCUCCCCAUCCCUGGCCUACCUUGACUCACAGCAGCUCUCAAGAAGUGUCCGGAUAGGUCCGACCAAAAGGCCCCUCUAGUCCCCACCGCAGCCAGCCAGGUGCCUCCUGGGGAGCCCACAAGCUGGGCAUGAUCACAGCUACCAUUCCCCAGAGACUGAUAUUCAGAGACAUAUGCUGCCUUUGAUUCCUGGAGCCAGCGUUGAGCCAUCAUGGCUAGUAGGCAGCAGCUUGGGUGGGAGACUCCCUGGCAAGGUAGGAAGCAGCCUUAUACCAAGUCAGACCAUUGGCCCUCGUUCAUCCUGCAUUGUCUGCUUUGACCAGCAGCAUCUCUCCAGGGUUUCAGGCAGGAGCUUUUCCCUGCCCUACCUGGGAACACCAGGAGUUGAACCUGCGACCUUCAUCGUGCAAGGUGUUACACUCUGCUACUGAGCUUGCAGUUCUUCCCAAAGCUACAGAUCCCUAGUGUACACUGCCAUGAGAUCCAUCAUGAAACAAAGGUGGGAUAUGCAUGGAGUAAGUGUAGUUGCAGUGCAUUGGGGAAGGGCAAUAGCUUAGUGGCAGAAUGACCGCUUUGCCAUGCGGAAGGUUGCCAGUUCAAUCCCCAGCAUCUCCAAGUAGGACUGGGAGAGCCUCCUUUUCUGAAACCUGGGAGAGCUGCUGCCAAUCAGUGUAGAUAAUACUGAUCCAGAAUGACCAAUGAUGUGACUCGGUAUGUAGCUACUCUGAGUGCCUUUUUGCCUAGAGGGCUGGCUAUAAAUGCCUUAAGUAAUAAGUGAACAAUAUGCACCCAGACCGCCCCUGUGGGUUGACCUCUUUCCGUGUCAGGUGGUUGACUGAAUCGCAUUCAGCAUUUUGUCAUAGAAGAGGACCUUCAGUGUGUCCCCCUGUUUAUGAACCUUACAGCAUCCUUCUCACACAACCCAUUAAGUAUUUAAUCCAUGCACAGAUCUUUCCAGCUUUUAGCACUUAACUAGAUGCACUUAUCCACUUUAGCCCUUUUAAGAAUGGGAUUACUUGUUGGUUCUCAGAAGCUUACUCACCCAUGAUACUAUAAUGAGUUUCUCAGUGCCCAUCUCUUUCAGGUCAAGUAUAGAAUUAGCAAGUGGUCAAUAUUGCAGUGCCGAUUGUGGUUGCUGUUCUUUCCCUUCCAUCUUUCUUAUAAAUGGAUGGCCAGUUUUUAGGUAUCCUUUUUGGCUCGAAAGUUAUCUGAAUGAAAUAAAAAUAUUAAACACCCCAUAGUUUGUUUUAAAUGUCCAUUUGCAGGGCUCAGAAAAUCUACUCUCCAUCAUGCUCAAAAGGAACUAAUUUUUCUGAGCAAGUGUAGGUUGGCUGUAAAGAGUUCCCAAGGGCAUUUAGCAAUGGCCCACAUUGCAUCGUUGUCAUCAUCCUGUGCCAUCAUCUCGCUUCAGGCUCAUGAUGCAGUGUCACUUUGAUGUUUUCAAAUGGCAGCUGCACUCAUGGGGUGUGGUGGCAGCAGCAGCAGCGGCAUGUCAGCAAGGAGGGUUGGAAUACAAUCAGAUUGCCUUAGUAUCUCAUGGAGAUUCUCUAUGGAGAAUCUAUUGGGAAACAAGGCCCAUCCAUUCAGCUCUGCUGAAAAAUCAGCUCCAUCAUGUUGCUCCUGCCUUUGUACUCUUUCCAUCCUGGUGGUAUUUCAGUAAGGGGCUAUCACUUAAUUUAAGAAUUGGUCCCUGCUUUUGCUUUUGCUUUUUCUCCCCUCUCCGGUCCUCCUUUUCCUUUUGUGUCAAAUCUUUUCGAUUGUAAACCAGUGGGCAGGGACUGUCUUGUUUUAAUUCAUUGUAUGUAAGCCACUCUGGGAGCCUUUUUGUUGUUGUUGAAAGAACAGCCAGGUACAAAUGCUCCAAAUAAGAAAAUAACAGGGACGAUAUCAUGAGCUGCGAAAUAACCAUGUAUGCCACUGGCACAACGUGUACAUUGAUAAAGUGUGCACACGCUUUUGUCUCUCCCCAGUAUAUCGAUGGAGAGUUCUAUCGCAGGCACGCAUGACGAAAUGUUGCAGGUCCUCAAAGAGAAGAUGCGUCUCGAAGGGCAGCUUGAAGCGCUGUCAUUGGAAGCCAAUGAGGUACAAAUGACGCCACCCCUUCUGUACAGGAUGUUACUGAGGCUACUUAAAGCAGGAAUGGGCACCCUUCAUAUGAAACUGCUGGGAGAGGAUGUCCAGAGUUUUGGGGUUCGGUGCCACCAAUAUGCUGAUGACACCAAUCUGUCUCUUUUUCAUCUAAAUGUGAGAAUGCUAUUUCAGGGCUUAAAUCAGUGUCUGGUGUCAGUAACGGGCUGGCUGAGGGUGAACAAAUUGAAGUUUAAGCGAGAAAGAGGUGCUCCUAGUUGGUGGAACGGCAGAUCAGAGAAUUGGGAUUCAACCUGUAUUGGGUGGGUUGACAUUCCUCUGACAACUCAGGUUCGCAGCUUAGAUGUACUCCUAGAUUCAACCCUGAGUGUAGAUGCCCAGGUUUCGGCAGCAGCUGGAAGUGUGCUUGCAUAUUUAAAAGCCAUGCACAAUAUGCACCCGUUCCUGGAGAUGUCGGAUCUGGGAACAGGGACACAUGCCUUAGUCACAAGGCAUAAGGAAGUUUUUAAUGCUUGAUGUUUUACUGUGCUUAAUGUUUUAAUUUGUUGGAAGCCGCCCAAAGUGGCUGGGGCAACCCAGUCAGAUGGGUGGCAUAUAAAUUAAUUAUUAUUGUUAUGGUUGUUGUUGUUGCUGUUGUGGUUGUUAUUUGGUAUACUCUAAAACACCGUAUGUGUGUCUGCCUUUGGAAAGUGUUCAGGAACUUCAGUGGUCCAAGAUGCUGCAGGCAGAUUAUUGCAGAACCUUGCUGCAGCACCUUAUUGCAACAUCUCCACUGGCUGCAUGUCUGUGUCUGGGCACAAUUCAGAAUGCUGGUUAUUCCCUACAAAGGCUUAUACAGCUUGAUUCCAGGCUGUCUGAAGGACAGCAUCUCCCUUUGUGAACCUGUCAGCUUUUGAGAUCUUCAAGAGAGGCCUUUUUCUCAGUUCUGCCAGCCUCAUAGGCACAUUUGGGAGGACAUGAGAGUGGACCUUUUCCAUCGCUACUCCCAGAUUGUGGCACUCCCUUCCACCGGAGGCUCGCCUGGCCUCCUCUUUGUUUUCUUUUUGCCAGCAGGCAAAUACUGUUUUAUUCCCACAGGCCUUUGGCCACUAACUGGCUCUUGCGGCAGGGUCUUCUAAGGGUGAAGGGACGUGGGUGGCGCUGUGGGUUAAAACACAGAGCCUAGGACUUGCCGAUCAGAAGGUCGGCGGGUCGAAUCCCCGCGAUGGGGUGAGCUCCCGUCGCUCGGUCCCUGCUCCUGCCAACCUAGCAGUUUGAAAGCACGUCAAAGUGCAAGUAGAUAAAUAGGUACCGCUGCGGCGGGAAGGUAAACAGCGUUUCCGUGCGCUGUUCUGGUUCACCAGAAGCAGCUUAGUCAUGCUGGCCACAUGACCCGGAAGUUGUACGCUGGCUCCCUCGGCCAAUAAAGCAAGAUGAGCGCUGCAACCCCAGUCGGCCGCAACUGGACCUAAUGGUCAGGGGUCCCUUUACCUUUUACUUCUAAGGGUGGGUGGCGUAAAUGGUUCUAAGUUGUUUUGAUUUGGUGUUGGUUUUUUUAUAUGAUAGCUUAUUUAAUUGUUCUUCAAUAUUUAUAACGGAUUGGUGUGCAAUUCUGUGGCAUCUUGUGAGCCACCUUGGGUUCCGUACUGGGAGAAAGGCAGGCUAUAAAUAAAAUAAAUAGUUUGUGGGGUUUCAAGCUGUAGUUUUACACUGAGGAGAAAAGAGAUUGUAGAGGAGUUAGGGUGGGGUUUUCUUUUUCAGUUGGGGGUGACAUUUGUAGAAGAUUAUGCAAAAGCUGGAUUUUAAGGAGGUACUGAAGAAUCCUUUGAACCUCAUUUGAGGUGCCUUGUGAAACCAUCAUUUUAAAAUUAUUAUUUUUUAAUCAUUGUUUUUUGUUCAGGCUCUCAAAGAAAAGACGGAACUGCAAACCCAGCUUGCUGCUUUGAACAUGAAGCUUCAGUCCCAGAUGGAGCACAGUCAGAGCAGCCAGCAGAAGCAAGACUCGCUGAACUCGGAGGUGGCCACGCUGAAGCAGUCUUGUUGGGACCUGGAAAGAGCCAUGGCGGAACUUCAGGCUGCCUUGGAGGCCAAGAAUGCCAGCCUGGCUGCCUCCAACAAUGACCUGCAGGUGGCAGAAGAGCAAUACCAAAGACUGAUGGGGAAGGUGGAAGACAUGCAGAAAAGUGUCCUCAGCAAGGAUAGCACAGGUGAGUAGGUGCUGCUCUCUUGAUUCCUAACACUCUUUAUUUCUCAAGCGGCGCUUUGUAAAUGUAUUUAAAAUAUUUAUUAAAUGGCUUGAUCCGAAAGGCCUCCCAGCAGUGUAGUAAUAAAAUGGUAGAGAAAACACAGCUAAAAUCUACGAAUGGGUUAAAGAUAGAUGGAUAGAUAGAUGAUAGAUAGAUGAUAGAUAGAUAGAUAGAUGAUAGAUAGAUGAUAGAUAGAUAGAUAGAUAGAUAGAUAGAUAGAUAAGGUAAAGGUAAAGGGACUCCUGACCAUUAGGUCCAGUCGUGGCCGACUCUGGGGUUGCGGUGCUCAUCUUGCUUUAUUGGCCGAGGGAGCCAGCGUACAGCUUCCGGGUCAUGUGGCCAGCAUGACUAAGCCGCUUCUGGCGAACCAGAGGAGCACACGGAAACGCCAUUUACCUUCCCGCCGGAGCGGUACCUAUUUUAUCUACUUGCACUUUCGAACUGCUAGGUUGGCAAGAGCAGGGACCGAGCAAAUAGAUAGAUGCAAAUAAAUCUAUAAAACCAUCAUCAUUAAAGCAAAAGUAAGACCGAUGAGGAGCUUUAAAAAAUAAAACUUUAGCGAUCAUAAAUUUGUGUUGCCCUUUUCUGCAGCUUCUGCAGCUCUCCUAUAGUCAGAGAGAGGCUUCUAUUGCAGUUGACAACUGCAACAAAGCAUAUAACAGGUAAUCAAAAAACAGUAAUUUAAAAAAGCGCCGCAACCCGAGAGUCGUUCACGACUGGACUUAACUGUCAGGGGUCCUUUACCUUUACCUUUUAAGAACUACAGUAAUUGUUUUUAAAGGUGCAAUGGAAAUGUCUAUAAAAUUAGAUGCUUCUUGCUUGAUCAUUGCUGCUGAUCGACCUUCAUAACCUUUCGAAUGAUUUCGCUUGGCUUCUUAGUUCAUGAUCUCCGACAGCAGCUUUCCUCGUUGCAAAGUCAGCUCCAGCAAGUGCAACUGGACCGCACCACGUUGACCAAUAAGCUGAAGUCGUCUCAAACAGAGAUUGCAUCGCUGCAGAAAGUGCGGCACUGGUACCAGCAGCAGCUGGUGGUGGCCCAGGAGGCAAGGGUUAGGCUGCAGAGUGAGAUGGCAAACAUACAGGUAAGGGGGACUCUCCCUUGUUAGCUGCUGUGGCACUUCUCGGUGCGCGCAUAAUAUCUUGUAAUUGAGAUGGAGGAAGCUGUCUUAUACUGAGACGCACCAAUGGUCAAGCUGUCUUAGUAGUUUGCACACUGACUGGCAGUGGCUCUCUAAAAUUUCAGGCAGGGUUCUUGUCCAGUCCUACCUGGAGAUGCCAGGGGUUGAACCCUAGCGCCUUCUGCAUGCAAAGCAGGUUCUUUUCUACUGAGCUACACCCAUUCCCCAGUAAGUUAGGCUGAGAGGCUUGGCCAGGACGCACCUAUUGAGCUUUAGCAGCUGAAAGGUGAUUUGCCCUGGUGGUCUUCCACCACAACACACAACAUAUUUCAAGAAACCAUUGCUUCGUUAUUUGCAUGUAUAACUAUAUAUAUCAGGGGAAACUAAUGUGUUGUCCUCCAGCUCCCAUCAGCUUCAACCAGCAUGGUGUGAGUUGUAGACCCAAAACAUCUGGAGGAGCACCAAAUUGGCAACCCUUGGUAUAGACAUACAUAAAUAUUCCUUUCUUCUGCAAGUUAGAAGAAAGGAGAUUCCGACCAAACAUACGGAAAAACCUUCUGACAGCAAGAGCUAUUCAACAGUGGAAUGGUCUCCCUUGGGAGGUUUUGGAUUCUCCUUCCUUGGAAGUUUUUAAGCAGAGGUUGGGUGGCCAUCUGUCAUGGAUGCUUUAGCUGAGAUUCCUGCAAUCUAGGGGGUUGGGCCAGUUGACACUCCAGGUCCCUUCCAACUCUGCGAUUCUGUGAUUCCAUGUGUAUUUGACACUUGGGGCCAAAUUAGGCCACUAUGGAAUUAGACAAUUGGUGCCUUGCCAUCUAGAAACCUAAGAUGUGGUGCAACCCUAGUUGGACAUCCCAAAGAUAAUUUAAUUAAAAUGAGAGCCCCUUCUCCCUUUGUCAGGAGCCAUGAUUAGACAGGGAAACAUCUGAUUAACCAUAGUUCCCUGUUUUGUGUGACCCUGGAAACUAUGGUUACCAGCUUUGGAACAAGUUGGGCAUUAAAAACAUCAACAAACCAUGGUUUAAUAUUGUGGCUUCUUCCAAAGCUGGUAACGCAUUUCCAAGAUUGGACAAAAUGAGGAACUAUAGGCUUCAUGGUUUAAUCAUGGCUUUAGGUGAAGAGAGGAGCAGAGAAGCUGUGCUGGCAGGGAGAAGAUUCAUGCAUAUCCCAGCUUCUUAAGAAGGUGAGAGAUGGUUGUCCAGAUACAGUCAAUUGGGAGCGGUGGUAUCUGGCAUUGGUCCUGAUGUCAUUCAAACAUUUGGCAGCUAAAAUCAUGCAUUGAAAGGCCCACUGGAAAGGAAUGUCUUCAGUUUCUGGCAGAAGACACUCAGAGAGGGAGCCUUGAUCAUGAUGUUAUUCCAAGGCCAUGGAACCACCACAAUGAAAGCCCUGUCCAUUGUUCCCAUCUCUCAAAUAUCGUGAGAUGGCUCUGAGAGCAGGGCCUCUGAAGCAUGUCCAAUAAAAGGAAAUAUUUGUAUAUUUCUUCGGAACAGAGGACAUGAACUUCCCCUUUGAACUGCUGUUAACCAACAUUUUGUAUGGCUUUUUUUCUUUCCCCUUUCACAGGCUGGUCAAAUGACCCAGGUGGGCAUGUUGGAACAUCUCAAGUUGGAGAACGUAACACUCUCUCAUCAGUUAACGGAGACUCAGCACAGGUCCAUCAAAGAGAAGGAGCGUAUAGCUACACAGUUGCAAAAUAUUGAGGUAAACUUCAUAGGAAUUUUCUUUGGACUCUCUUAGUACUUCCUGUAAUAUGGGGAUCUCUAAAACUUCAGAAUUGUAAUAGCUUAGAAUACUGCAGUCAGCUUAGAAUACUGCAAGAAUAUUGCAGUCAGAAGCAGUGUCUGGGCAGAAAUGGCUAAAAUGUCCAUUUUUGGGGGAUGAUUUUUCUUAAAAAUAGCUGGGGGUGGGGGAGUGGUAUAGAAUUGUCCUGUGCGUCCUGGGUACUUAUGGAGUACAGUGGUACCUUGGUUUAAGAACAGCUUAGUUUAUGAACAACUUGGAUUAAGAACGCUGCAAACCCAGAAGUAGGUGUUUUGGUUUGUGAACUUUGCCUUGGAACCAGAACAUGUUCCGCUUCCUGUUGAGUGUGUUACAUUUGUAAAUUGAGUCCCGCGCUGCUAUGGGAAAGCACGCCUUGGUUUAAGAAUGCUUUGGUUUAAGAACGGACUUCCGGAACAUAUUAAGUUCAUAAACCAAAGUAGUGGGGAGCUGAGGCUAAUACAAAUGUCUCUAUAGUAUAGGCACUGGAGAAGCACAUGCUCUAUUGUUUCUGUUUGUCCAGAAUCGGAGGGGCAUUGUCUCUCCGAGUAAGCAAUCUUCCUGUAUCGACCUUCAAUGACAGCCGAGGGAAGGGCACGACAUCGUGCCAGGGUAAAGGCCCUCCGGUGCUUAGGGACUUCAAAAUUAGUUAGAUAUGCCAUGGGGGAGGCAGAGUACCUGAUGGAUUCGUUGGCCAUAAAAGUUGGGGUCCUGGCUAGAUCCAGUUGGCGCUCUGUGUCUGCUACACAUUGCUUAAUGAGAGUGCUUUGGCUUGAUCGUAUCCCAUACAGCCAUGGAUCACUGCCUUCUUGUGGCGAAGGGGCUUGAAUAACUCAGAUCACCUCCCAGGGGCUUGUGCAGUCUCAGUUUGCAGUACAGCACAUGGUGCUUAGCAGUGGUUGCUCAGUUGCUAGCUUGCCCUCUGGUCUGAAUAUUUGUUAAAUGAAUAAUAGGACAACCUUGUUGUAAAAUACUUCCCCUGCCCCCCUGUACCACCCAAAAGAAAUCAGAAUGCACAUUAUUUAUUGAAUUUGGAGGGGGUAAUGUGGUAAGUGAGUGAUUUUUUUGGAGCAGGUUCUGGAUCAUCUGGGUGGGAAAUUAAUUUGGGGUACCGGGUUUAGUAAUUGGACUGAUUUGGGGUAUCUGGGGUGGGGUUUAAUUUAAUUUUAAAAAUAUUUGGGGUGAUGAAUAAGUGGAAGAUCAACCACAUGUAUAGCCUAACAUCAACACUGGCCUGAAGAGUCAUUUCUUCAGAGCUCAGCAAUCUUGAUUAAGGUUACAUAACUUAUUAAGAGAAUGACGGACUGGAUUGUUUGAUUCCCAAAACUCCUGCCUGUAUUGUGUUGGCCACUUCCUCUUUCACUCAUUAGAAUUGUCUGCUUCUUCCUGACAGGCUGACAUGUUAGACCAGGAAGCAGCCUUCUUGCAGAUCCAAGAGGCUAAGACCAUGGUGGAAGAGGACUUGCAGAGAAAACUGGAGGAGUUUGAGGAUGAGAAGGAGCAGCUUCAGAAAAUGGCGGAUUCUGCAGCAAUAUUGGAGCAGGAGCUAGAACAGGUAUAUGCAGCUGGUAGAGCGAAGAGCUUUUCACAGAAAGCUUAGCAAAAGCCUAUUCCUAGUUUGCAUCUUACGACUGGAGAGAAACAAAACUGGAAGCAGGAGAUGCAAUCCAGCAAACAGGAGUUCUUUUUAAAGUGCUUUUGAAAAUUCUGUUGGAAGGCAAAUGCUGAUCAUGACGAGCCAGCUGUGAGGAUAAGGUAGCUGCCUCCACCUGUCAACCAACCAUUUGGUAGUAGCAACAAAGGGCAUUUUUAUUUGAAUACAGUUCUUCUCUUACUUUCUAAUUCCCACCACUGCUGCUUCCUAGAGUCCCCCGUCUAUUAAAAGGUAAAGGUAAAGGACCCCUGACAGUUAAGUCCAGUUGUAGACACCUCUGGGGUUGCGGCGCUCAUCUCGCUUUACUGGCUGAGGGAGCCAGCGUUUGUCUGCAGACAGUUUUUCCAGGUCAUGUGGCCAACAUGACUAAGUCGCUUCUGGCGCAACGGAACACUGAAACCAGAGCAGCGCACAGAAACGUCGUUUACCUUCCUGCCGGAGUGGUACCUAUUUAUCUACUGGCACUUUUUUUGUGUGGCGUGCUUUUGAACGGCAAGGUUGGCAGGAGCUGAGACCAAGAAAUGGGAGCUCACCCCGUCACGGGGAUUUGAACCGCCAACCUUCUGAUCGGCAAGCCCAAGAGGCUCAGUGGUUUAGACCACAGCGCCACUCGCGUCCCCACAGCACCACCCGCGUCCCCCAUCUAUUACACGUCUACAUUCCACAUCAUCCUUGUUUGCCUACCACACUGGUUUCAAAUUCCAACCCCCUACUCCAAGCCGCAUGAAAAUUGCUGCAGGUCUAGGGGGACCACUUAGGGGUGUUUUUUUUUUGUCUAUUGUAGCAAUUGCAAUGCACUGUGCUAGAUGCUGUAGGAUUUUUAACUGUAUUUUUUAUUACUUCUUUUGUUUCUUAUAUACAGCAACGUAUUACACCUUAUUUAUUUAUUUAUUUAUUGAAUGUAUAUACCGUCCUGUACCCAGGGGUCUCAGGACAGUUCACAGAAUAAAAUCAAAAUAUAAAACCACAAAAUACAUAAUAAAAAUAAAAACAACCUAAUAGCGCCCCCCCCCCACAAAAAACACAUUUUAAAAUGGCAUAGGAUGUAAAUCAGAUCAACCAAAGGCCUGGUUAAAAAAGAACGUUUUUGCCUGGUGCCUAAAGGUGUGUAAUGAAAGCGCCAGGCAAAUUUCCCUGGGAAGAGCAUUCCACAGAUGGGGAGCCACUGCAGAGAAGGCCUGUUCUCGUGUUGCCACCCUCUGAAUCUCUUGAAGAGGAGGCACACGAAGGAGGGCCUCAGAAGAUGAUCUCAGGGUCUGGGUAGGUUCAUAUGGAAAGAGGUGGUCCUUGACGUAUUGUGGUCCUGAGCCGUUUAAGGCUUUAUAGGUCAAAACCAGCACUUUGAAUUGGGCCCGGAAACUAAUUGGUAGCCAAUGCAGUCGGACCAGGAUCAGUGUAAUAUGCUCAAACAGUCUUGCUCUGAUGAGCAUCCUGGCCACUGAAUUCUGCACCUUGAUUUCCAUAGAAUGCAACCCUAGGAAAGGUUCGUUCCUGCCGCUGACCUAAUCCCUUAGAUUGGGGUAGCCAACUUGGUUCCCUCCAGAUGGUUUUGGGUUACAACUCACACCAGCCCUUGUCAGCAUGACCGGUAGUCAUAGAUGAUGAGAGUUGUAGUCCAACAACAUCUCGGGAUACCAUGCUGGCUACCUUUGCCAUAUGUGAUAGUACUCUAGGCUCAGGGAUGGGGAACCUGUGCCUGCCUGGAUGUUGUUGGUCUCCAGUUCCAUUCAGCCCCAGCCAGCAUGGCAAACAGUCAAAGAUGACGGGAGCUGUAGUCUGGGUUCCUCACUCCCACUCUGUAGACCUUAAGUGCUGGGUAUGUGAUGUGUGCAUUCAUAAUGGGAGAACGCCCUAAUACAUUUUUUCCUUCUAUCCAGCUGAAAUUGACGUUGCAUCAACGAGAUCUUCAGGUCGCGGCUUUGCAGCAGGAGCAGCUGGACCUCAUGAAGCAGCUGACCGCCACCCAGGAGACUCUACAGACCCGAGAGCAGUCACUGGGCGACCUCCAGACACGUUAUGAUGAGCUGGAGGCCAGGCUGACGGAGUUGCAGGGAGAAGCCACCUCAAAAGACGACACUAUCCAGUAUUUGCAGAACGAGAAGAUUGUCCUUGAGGUGGCUCUGCAGGUAGCAAAAGCCGGCAAAGAAGGACUCAAGGAAGGAGUCCAACAUUUAGGGGAGAGCACUGAGGCGGCAUCAGAUGUUCUGGAGCAGCUGAGACAAGAAAUAGUUGUAAAGUCAAGCCAGGUAAUAUACACUCCUCUUAAUUGCGUUUCUGCUCUUUUAUGCACUUAUAAUCAUCAACACAACCUGCACAGCAAAUGUUCACAAACCUUUUAUAACAGGGAUGGCCGAUGUGGUGCCAUGCAGGUGUUAUUGGACCACAAUUCCCAUUAUAAAAAAAACCUAUUAAUUAAUAUUAUAUGCCACUUAUGUUCCAGAGUGGCUUUUAAGCAACUUUCCCCUUCUUUUUCCCUGUUCUGGCUGUUGCUAUUAAACAGCAGGUGCAUUUUGGGAUCAUGUGCUGUAGAAAUUACACCUGGGAAAAUUCCUGCUCUGGAUGCCACAAAACUAGUUCACUUCUCUAGUCCUCGUCCAGUGCCCAAGUAAUAUUGAUAUUAUUAUUCCACCCCCAUAGGUAGAAAAUCUCCAGCUUGAGAGUGCCAGUCUCAAGAAGCAAACCCAGAAGGUCAAGGAGCAGUUCCUUCAGCAAAAGGUGUGCGUCUAUAUAAGUGUUUUAAAAUACUGUAUUUUUCCGUGUAUAUUUUCCAUCUAUUUUUGGGGAGGUGGCUCAGAGUUCCAUCUAUUUUUAAUAAAAUGGGGGGAGGUGGCUCAGAGUUGUUGAGCUGUUUUUGCUUUUUGGGGGGGAUUGCAUAGGGUUGUUCAGCUUUUUUUAGGCGGGGAUAGCUGAACAUCGCUCACCCGCAUGCAACGCAAAAUCUGCCUAUCGCCUGUCCCCUCACCAGCAGAAGCUGCCAGUCACCCACCCAAUUGCUGGAGCGUCAGCCAAUUCACACCAGCCCUUGAUGCAACAACCAAUAACACGCCCAAUAGCUGCUGACAGACACGGCAGCAACCAAUCAGCACUACCCAUGUAUAAGACAACCUCCACUUUUAAGCAUGAUAUUUAAAGAAAAUAACCUAGUCUUAUACAUGGAAAAGUAUGGUAAUAAAAAUAAAUAAAUAAAUGGCUCAUAAGGAUGUCAGCUUAUGACUGGGGAACUUGGGGGUCGAAAUAUCACCCUCCAGACCUUUCUGUCUGGCUCUUGCAACUCUUCACAUGCCAUACACCUCACCAACCCUACUUCUCUUCCUCCAUGAGUGCUUGAAUAUAUCCUUGAACCUGGACGGAGAAUAGAGGUUUGUGUGUAUGUGUGUGUCGAAACUUGCCUCCUUUACAAGGGCAAAAUUUUCCAAUGGUUGCUCCACCCACUUUUGCCUGUGGCCACACCCACCAGUGGCAUGCGCCCUUUAGAAUAUUGGCAAGAAGGAAAUGUGGCUCUUGAGCUGAAAAGGAGUCAACACUCCUGCUGUAGUUUUAUAUAGUGUAAUUGCCAGUGUGGUGUAGUGGUUAAGAGCGGUAGUCUCGUAAUCUGGGGAACCGGGUUCGCGUCUCCGCUCCUCCACAUGCAGCUGCUGGGUGACCUUGGGCCAGUCACACUUCUCUGAAGUCUCUCAGCCCCACUCACCUCACAGAGUGUUUGUUGUGGGGGAGGAAGGGAAAGGAGAACGUUAGCCGCUUUGAGACUCCUUCGGAUAGUGAUAAAGCGGGAUAUCAAAUCCAAAUUAUUCUUCUAAAAUGAGGAUGCCCUUCUCUUAGUCCUGCCAGCCUUACAGGCUCGCUUGGUAGGAAUGUGGGAGAGGGCCUUUUCGGUGUCUGCUCCCACAUGCAGGCAACUCCCUCCCAAGAGAAUCUAGACUGGCUCCCUCCUUCACCGGCAGGUAAACACUUUCUUUUUGGUAACUGACUGCUUUUAACGAAAGGGUUGGUGCUGUGCUGUCUUUAUAGUAAUUAUUGGUUUGGUUUUAAUUUGUUUUGUAUACAUAUAUUUUAUCAAUUUUAAAAAAUGGUUCCCCCCCCCCUGUUUUUUAGUGGGUCUUAUUUUUAACUGUAAUCCUCCUUGAGUCCCAUCAGGGGAAAAGGCGGGGUGUAAAUAAAUAUGUAAUGAUGUAUAAUGAUAAUGAUAAUAAUAAAGCUAAGCAUAUCAAUUUCUUUUUUAGGUGAUGGUGGAAGCUUACCGGAGAGAUGCAAAUUCAAAGGAUCAGCUGAUCAGUGAACUGAAGUCCACCAAGAAGAGGCUAGACUCUGAAGUGAAAGAGUUAAGACGGGAGCUUCUCCAGCUUCAGGGUGAAAAGAAAUCCGUGGAGGUUGAGAACUCGAGGUUGGGGAAGGAAGUGUCUCGAGUUCAGCAGCAGAUGGAGGAAUUGGAAAGCCAGUUGCAAGCAGUCCAAAGAGAGCGAGAUGACAUGGAGAGAGAGUUGCAGGUGCAGAUGAAGCCUUUGUUGUCCUUCUUAACGGCCAUAAUAAUGCUUUGGAUCAACCUGUUGGAAUAUGUAGAACAGUAGCUAUGCUGUGGACAUUUGGAUGGCAACAAGCUCUCCAUCCCUGGUAAACUGUGAUGGGAAUGAGCCUAGCCUUUCCCAAAGCUGUCAUGAUCUCCUGCUUCUCCCUUCAGCAUGACCACAAUGGGGAAAUCAUAAGCUUUUACUUCCUUUACAAUCAUUGUUUAUUGUACUAUUUGAAACCUGUUAUAUGAGUGAUGGUGGACUCUCCUUCCUUGGAGGUCUUUAAGCAGCGGUUGGAUGUCCAUCUGUCAUAUAUGAUUUCAUUGAGAAUGCCAGAUUGCAGGGGGUUGGACUAGAUGUCCCUCGGGGGUUCCUUCCAACUCUACAAAUUAUUAUUAUACUUAGCAAUGUAUUAUUUGAAGUCAGCCAACUGUGGCUUGAAGUUGCCUUGUUUCAGAUAAACCAUUGUUAAAUUUAACCACGGUUCAGCUGGCAAAACAAGCUGUGGUUCAUUAAGAAAACAGAAGUGAGACCUUCCUAAUUCCUCGUGCCUGCAAUGGAGUAGGAUGGAGGGGAAGGACAGAACUAUGAGACCAGGGGAAAGCAAGGCUGAUUCCCAUCAUGAUAAACUAUGGUUUAUAAUGACAAUGCCGCCAGAACAUUAACCUGCAUAGAUGUUGGAGUGAUCUAGAAAGGCAGUUCAUAAAUUACCAUCCCAGAGUAAAUUGGAUUGUUUGUGGGCCAUAAAAGGUCCACAAAUUAGUUUUGUUUGAGUUCACCCACUGAAUGUGUCGCCUUUGCCCAAGUAUAUAAAAUUAAGACCUUUUUAUUACAGAAGAACAUGUAGCUUACAGUUCUCCUGUCCUGCUUUUCAGACUUUGCAGUUUGACAGAGAACAGAUGUCUGCUCUAGCUGAAAUGAAUGAAGUAUUAAAACGGCAGGUUGACGAAAUGCAGCAGGAAACCAAAAUGUGAGUAUGACAGAUUAUGCCUUGCCUAGAAUAGCCACAGCAACUAGUACUCAUUGAUUUUGUUCAUCAAGUGCCUAUGCGGGGGAGGGGGGGUCUGCAAUCUAUUAAUGGGGGCAUAUUCUCCUUUUUGCCUUUUAUCUGGAUUUCUGAUUCCUAUAGCAUUGAUGUCAUUUGUCACAUAAUGGUAAUCUAAGAACAACGCAGCACCAAAUUAGUUUUUGACGUGUUGGGAUCACAAACAUGCACUAUUUAUAUGGGAGUUGCUCUUUUAAUUAAAGGUAAAUGGGUACUUUGAAGUAGCUUCAAUUGCCUUUAAAAUAAGAUAAGCUUUUCUUGCCCAAUGAGACUAAAAAUGUAUGUAUGGCAGAUUAAAAAGCAUUAAAGCCAAAAGAGUGGGUUUGAUUCUUACAAUAUGCCUUUGUUUAAUUGUGUGGUAUGAUUAAUUUGCUUGCCUGUGUUAAUGCGGUGCAUGUUUGUGAUCCCAUUUGCUACUUAAUCCUCUUUAGUAUCAAACUACAGUGGAAUUAUUGUUGGGAACAUUGCCAACGUUCUGCUUUUAAUGCUGUUUUAGCAUAUGCUGUGUACCACUGAUGUCAUAUCAGCCUUCUGGGUCAGAUUCAGGUUGGAUUAAAUUUAGAGUGAUAGCCAAUGUCUUAAGUAGACUCCCCCCCUUCCUUGCGGGGGACCAGCUCUGCUGCAACACCCUUUUAUGCAAAAUGUGACAGGCUUUGGGUAGUCAUUAAGCUAGCAGUUUGGAAUACAGACUGAUCUGACUUAAGCCCAUUGGAAAAUUCUCCUGUGGGGCUUAAUGCAGUCCCGCUUUCAAUGAGGCUUGGGUAUGAGCUUGUGUAGUAGAGUGGCUAGACUAGGCCCUAGGAGGCCAUGGUUCAAUUCACCACUUGGCCAUGAAGCUCACUGGGUGACCUUGGGCAAAUCACUGCUUCUUGCCCUAACCGUACAUCAUAGGGUAGUUGUGCGGAUUAAAUGAAGAGGGACUUGGAGAGAGUAAUUCCUAUCAUUUCCCUAGUUAUUGUGCUGUUGGGUUUAUUUCAGAGUUUCCUGCCUAUUUCCCACUUUGCCCAUUUCAUUUAAUUGACAGUUGAAAGAGAACAUGAUCCUAGUGAACAAUGACUAAGACAGGCCAUCUUUGUCUGCCUUCUGUCUCCAACGUAUCCCACCAUUAUCUUGAUGGCAUCCAUUCAAGUGUUAAGUAGAUUUUAAGGGUAGCUAGAUUUACACCUGCUGACGUUUAUGCAAGGCAUGAGAAUCUCGGGAUGUUUCUAAAUGCUCUCCAGGUUACAUUUUUUGAGAUCAGACUGGUACCAGGGCCAGGAAAGUUUGUAAUGGAGGGUGUCCUGUCUAUUAAGUUAUGUCAACUUUUAAUAAACCAUAGAAUAAGUUCAGAUUGAAACGUGCUUAUUCACAUUAUGGAAGAGUAUAUAGCUGGCUGGAACCUUUAAAUGUCCAGAAGGCAAGGUCCUACUUGUUCAUCUUAAUGUGGAGUUUUUUUGAGGUAGUUUUUUUAUAUAACUUUCAAAAAAUAUUACUUUCAGGGCCUUUACUGAACAGAAGCAAAAAAUGAAACGACUGGGCUCAGAUUUGAGCACAGCACAGAAGGAGAUGAAAACAAAACACAAAGCUUACGAGAAUGCAGUUGGGAUCCUCAGUCGCCGGCUACAGGAAGCCCUCUCAGCAAAAGAAUCAUCUGAAGCAGAGCUGGCCAAGUUGAAGGCACAAAUCUCUGACAGUGAAAACAGCCAGGCUGGCCUAGUAAGCAAAAUUCCUGAGCAGGCCUAACUUCACUCACUUAAAACAGGAGUGGGGAACUGGAUCUGGCCCAGUGAGUCAGUUGUCUAUCUCCUUCCCUCACUGGAGACCACUGGUGGGUGAGGGCACCCACAUGAUGUCCAGAAGACAUCAGGUGACCCAUUUUGGGGGCCCUGCACAGUUUGAAAUCAAACUGUUUGGGCAGAUGUGCAGCCCGCAAAACAUGUCUUGAAGCUAUUUGCAAGACCCUUUGAUCAUUGAGUUUUGCAGAGCUCUUUCAGAGUGCCUUUCCAAGUGCUCUGCAAGUUCUGAGAAUCAGCUCAUUGCUGGAUUUUGCAGAGUGAUUUGUGAUGGACUCUGCACAACCCAACGAUCAACUUAUGGUAAGGUUCUGCCAAGUGCUUUGCACAGGGCCUGCAAAACCCCUUUUGGCUGAGCUAACUAUCUAUCUAUCUAUCUAUAUGAUGGCAAGGGGUGUGGCAUCGCCAAAAUGGCCUUGUGGGGCCUAAUGUUGCUUGUGGGGCCAAUGUUCCACACUCAAACUUUAAGCAAUUGAAUUCCUACCGCAACUGAGAUGCCUAAGUAGACUUUGUCUUUUUCGCCUUCAGGAAAGGAUUCAGGCUCUGGAGACAGAACUGGAGGUUCUUGGCCACAGUAAGAUGGUUCUAGAAAAGGAACUGCAAGAAGUGAUCUCGCUCACCAGCCAGGAACUGGAGGAGUACAGAGAGAAAGUCCUUGAACUUGAGGACGAGGUAAUUGUGUUGGCUUCUUGUUAUCCUAUAUCUCCUUGAUGUGGUGCUGCUUCUGUAGGCUGGAUGCAUGUAACCAGUUCCUGAGGAUCAGCACUGGCCUAGAUCUGUGGAGGCAGACUGGUGCAGAAACUGACCUAUGAACUACAGCUGUUGUGCGGAAUAUAUCUCAGCCCGAGGGCCACAUUCCUUUCUUGGCAACCUUCUGGGGUCUACAUGCCCGUGGUGGGCGGGGCCAGAGGCAAAAGUGGGUGGAGCCAUGAAUGUACAUGUUAGCGUUUGUACAGAAGGCAAAUAACAAAAACAACAACACUAUUAUUAUUUGUACCCCACCCAUCUGACUGGGUUGCCCCAGCCACUCGGGGAGGCUUCCAAUAUAUACAGUCAUACCUCAGGUUACAGACGCUUCAGGUUGUGUUUUUUUGGGGUUACGGACACACCGAAACCUGGAAGUACCGGAAUGAGUUCCUUCCGGGUUUCGGCGGUCGCGCAUGCGCAGAAGCGCUAAAUUGCGCUUUGCUCAUGCGCAGAAGCGCCGAUUCACAACCUGCACAUGCGCAGAUGCGGCGCUGCGGCUUGUGAACGUGCCCCUCGCAUGGAUCAUGUUCGCAACCCGAGCGUCCACUGUAUAUAAAAAUAAUGAAACAUUAAACAUGAAAAAACUUGUAUAUACAGUAUAUGCCCCUCUCUAUCUAGGCAAAAAUGAGGCAUUAUCAGAUUUUAAGGAUACCUUCCAGCCAGACAUAAAAACACUAAAGGCCAGGCCAGUAAGGUGUGUAGCCUUGGAAAAGUACUGAGGGUCAGAUGGAGAGACUUGGAACGCUGCAUUGGUUCCUGCCCCUGAGGUUCUCAACCCCACAACUAUGGAGCUCUGAUUCAAAUUUCACCCCUGACAUGAGCUCACUCUGCCAUUGCUAGCACAGAAGGUCAACAGCGUUGGGCACCUGCUAAGGCCCAUGCAGGGGUGGACUUUGGUAAUCUUUUGUAAUAUGGCGCCCCGUGCGAGGCCAAAGUUUGGUGCCCCCAAAUGGAUCUUCUCAGUUAUGUGUUUUCUCAGUUUUGCUCCCCCUCGGCUUGAUGCCCUGUGCCACCCACUGCCCAUGUUCCACCAGGGCCCUACUGCCAUUUUCCAGCAGCCUCCUUGCUCUUCUACCGCUGCUAUUCUUCUUUGCCCGCUAUACACCUGCUCUCUCCAAAUAACCUCUGUGUGCUUUGCCCUGCCCUAUCUCUCCCCUGGGAGGCGAGUGCCUGUUCAGGCCAAGAGAAGGAGGGAGGUAAAUAUGCAGCAGGAACAGCAGCCAGUGGGAGGGCCCCCCUGCUAAGAGAGUCUCUUGCCCAAGGGAACUUGCGCUGCCUUUGGCAAAUCUAUGCUUUACAAGUCCCUUCUGCAGUAUGGGGGCAAUCCUGCUCUGCCUGCCAGCAUUGUUACAUUAGAAUAACGUAGUAUAUGUCAAGCAUCUUGAGCACUGAAAAAAGCUGUACAAAUGCUUGUUGUUGUAAUGCCAUAUGUGGUGCUUGGGUUCAAGGCCUAACAGAUUCCUUAGUCCCCUGGUUAAUGCACGAUAGCCAGUGCAACAUGAGGCACUACGAUGCUCUAGACUGGGCAUUGAUUUGUGAGUUUUGCCAUGCGGGAAGCUAAGCUGUGCAGCAUAGGACAACAUCGAAAUGAAUGCAGAUGAUGAAAGGACAUCCUCCUUCAGGUCCCGACAGAACCAGAUUCGCGGGUGUACCAGCUGAAGUAAACCUGAUGCAACAGCUUUACCUUAAAUUGUUUUGACCAGGAUGCCUCCAGGGUCUGCAGCUAUACACAACACUUCUCAACUCUGCAGUUGCACAAAUAUACUCGUUAUCUCGCUUUACUCCUCCAGGGAGAAGUGAUUUUCUUUUAACGCGUGAUAAUUUUUGAGUUGAAAACACUGGAUAUUUCUACAGCCCAUUUAAAAAGUAGGAACUCCACAGCGGACUGUCCCAAACCAUCUUUUAGAUUUGCAUUUAAACAACCUGAAAAGCUUGGUUGAGAAAAAUCAAUUAAUUCCUCUGUGCUGUGCAUAUCCGGGCAAGUAAGGUGAUACAAGGAUACGUCUGGAAUACAGUUUGAUUGUUUUACUUUGCUAGCUAUAUUUCUGUACCACCCUUUAGCCGAAAAAAGGUUAUCUGGGCAGUGCCACAGACAAAAGGUGGAACCAAGAAGUGAAACAAACAAAUGAACAAACAAACAUAGUCAUACCUCAGUUGGUUGGAUCCUGGUUCUGAUAACACCAAGGUUACAGGGUUGAUUCCCAUAAGGGACAACUGCAUAUUCCUGCACUGCAGAAGUUUGGGCUAGAUCAGGCACCCCCAAACUCAGCAGAUGUUUUGGGACUACAAUUCCCAUCAUCCCUGACCACUGGUCCUGUUAGCUAGGGAUGAUGGGAGUUGUAGUCCCAAAACAUCUGGAGGGCCGAGUUUGGGGAUGCCUGGGCUAGAUGAUCCUCUGUGUCCCUUCCAACUCUAUGAUUCUAGUGUCGCAUCCAACUUAGUCCUACUCAGAAUAGACCCAUUGGCAUUACUGGAUGUAAGUUAGUCAUGCCCAUUACUUUCAGUGGGUCUCCUAUGAGUAAGAAUAUAAGAAGAGCCUGCUGGAUCAGACCAAUUGCCCAUCCAGUCCGGCAUCCUGUUUUCCCAGUGGCCUUCCAGAUGCCUAUGGGAAACCUGCAAGCUGGACCUGGGUGCAACACCACUCUCUCCUCCUGUGGUUCCUAGCAGCUGGUGUUCAGAAGCAUCCUGCCCCCAACUAUGGCAGUAGCAUUGGGUAUAAAACAGCACCUGAAUAAAGCCAGCAACAGAAAUAAAGCAAAGAACUUUAAAAGCACAAAAAAUGGAACACAGAAAGGUUUUAAUCUGUACUUGAUGAGCCUCUCUGGACAGUGCAUUCCAAAACUAGGUGCCACCACUGAAAAGACCCUCUCCCUAGAAGCCAUCUGACAGGUAUUCAAGCAGAAGGGCCUCUGAAGAUGACUUUAGGGUCUGGGAACUUCAUUGGUUUAUAGUGUUUCUUCAUUGUUUGCUACUCAGUGACAUUCAGUGAGCCUGCAAAGUGAUUCCUUAUGGUGGCUGCAGUAAUUGUUCUUAUUGUUCAUUUAGCUUCAGGAAGCCAGGGGCUUCCGGAGAAAGAUAAAGCGGCUGGAAGAGAUGAACAAGAAGCUCUCCCUUGAGCUGGAGCAUGAACGCGGGAAGCUCACUGGCCUCGGCCAGUCCAACGCAGCUCUGCGGGAACACAACCGCAUCCUCGAAGCAGCGCUAGCAAAGAGAGAGGCGGACCUGGUACAGCUGAAUCUUCAGGUACUCUGAGCCGUUUCUGCCUGGGCUGGUACUGUAAAUCAGUUCCAGUUCUUUAGGUUCUCAUUCAUUUUGGUCAGCAGUCUGUGAAUAUUACAUAGGAGGGAUGCAUCAUAUUAGAGGGACACGGGAAAGGGGCUUCUUGGUGGCUGCUCCCAGGCUUUGGAACUCCCUCCCUGGAGAAGCUAGACUGGCUCCCUCCUUGUUGUUCUUCCGCUGACCAGUGAAGACCUUCUUGUUCCAACUUGGGAACUGACUGCUUUCAAUGAAGGGCUGGUGCUGUGCUGUUUUUAUUGUAAUUAUUUGUAUGUUUAAAGCAGAUUGUAUAUAGUUUUAAUAAUUUCAAUGUUUAAUUCCCCCCCCCUGUUUUUCUAGUGGUUCUUGUUUUUAUCUGUAAGCUGCCUUGAGUCCCGUCAGGGAAAAAGCAGGGGAUAAACACACAAAAACACACAUUUGUACACCAUUUAAUCACUGUCAGCUCUAAGUGGUGCACAAGAAGCUCAAUACACUAAGACUAAAAAUGAGCUAAAAUUCAUUAUAAAAUCAGAGUUUGAUUAAAAAGCCUGCUGGAAAGCACUUGAAGUCAACCUCAACAGAAAGAGAGUUCCACAAAACUGGUCCCACAAUGCUGAAUGCACAGCUCCUUGUCACUAUGAACCAUGGGGAAUGUAGUUUGUUAAGGUUUCCAAGAGUUGUUCAGAGACCCCUAUUCCCUUCACCGAGCUACAAUUCCCAGAGUGGUUUAACAUCCAAUCCCUCUUCCCAGGGUGCUGUGCGAACUGUAGCUCUGUGAGGGGAAUGGGAGUCUCAGAACAACUCUUGGAAACCUUCACAAACUACAUUUCCCAUGAUUCUUUGGGAGAAUCAUUGACUUUUUCCAAGUAGUAUGUUGACUUUUUCAAGUAUGAUGCUGCUUUAAAGAGCAUGUGGUGCCUUAGUUAAGCAGACGUGCUUUCGGAAAGCAUCUGCCAGUGCAGUGAGCAAGCCCAAGGACACCAGCUUUAAGUCCUUUGUAUCCGGAGGGUUCACCUUGUGGGUUUUGUUGAUGGCCCAGGUCCAGGCAGUUCUGAAGCGCAAAGAGGAGGAAGACCAGCAAAUGAAGCAACUAAUCCAAGCCUUGAAGACGGCCUUGGAAAAGGAGAAGACAAAAGUCAACAGCCUUAAAGAACAGGUAAGAACUGGUGUGUGUGUGUGUGUGUGUGUGUGUGUGUGUGUUACUUUUCACCAUGAGCAUUUUAAGACUUGCCUGCACAACUGGGCAGAGGGCCCUGUGUGUGGUAUGCAUAUAAAUGAGCAGCAGCCAUUAAGGACUGUUGCAUGAUUAUGGUUAAAUGGCAGUGAGCUGUGAAGCCCUCCAUUUCAGAUCUUGGCUGAAGCCACAGGCUCAGUGGAUGGCCUCUGAUACGCUAAGACCUCCCUAGUCCCUAUUUCUAUCUGCAGCAGGAGGAUGCCAAAAUCGCCACAUGAUAGGCUUUUGCUAUGAUUGCCAAGGUAUUGCAUGUAAGUUUUUGGACUACAAUUCCCAUCAGCCCCAGCCAGUGUGGCCAGUUGUCUGGGAUGGGGGGAGUUGUAGUCCAGCAACAUCUGGAGGGCCAAAGGCUCCCCAGCCUGGAAUGUGAGAGAGAAACCGCAGGUGCCCAGUAAUAAAGAUGGAGAAGGGGCAAUCUUUAGUUGUAGACUUGUGGUCCUUAAACAGAGAUGCAGCACACAUGGACGAAAGGGUGAGGGAAAUGGAUGGGGUAGGAUGGCAGAGAUAUAAUGAUCCAUACACUGAUGCUCUUUGCUGCUAUAGGUUGCAACAGUCAAAGUUGAGGCAGCGCAUAAUCGCCGUCAUUAUAAAGCAGCUGCCCUUGAACUUGGCGAGGUGAAACGAGAGCUGCAGGCGAAAGAAGUCCUCAUCCGGGCCCUUCAGGCUGAAGUGGACAAACUGCAGUGAGUAUUACAAGGAAACUGAAACUACAUUUCUAUUAAAAAUACAUAUAGUUUGGUGUUUUGGGACAAGGUUCCAUGGCUGCUUUAAAAAACCAUAUAUUUUAGGAGGAAUUUCAAGGCCUCCUCAUGGGUUAACCAUGAAUGAAGGGCUAACACAUGAAUAACGAGAGUUGGGGCCAACCCACUGGGCCAGCCCCCCAACAUCCCACCUGGUUCUACCCCACUGAUUUCCACACAUUUGGGAGCCUUUAUUAUGUGGGGAGGAGCCUGCACAAGUGCAGAACUUCAGAACUUCUCCCAAGAAGUGGAGGUCAGGGAUGGAGUCAGGUGGCUGAGCUGUGUUGGAAGCCAGAAUGCAGAGCUGGUAACUGAAGGAAGCUGCAUGUAUCUCCCUUAUCCCCAGGAGGGGGCUCUCUUUAUCCUCUGUGAAGCAGCUCUGAAAGAAUUCUAUCCGCUGAUUGCUCUGUGCCUCCUACUGCAAGAAACAUGGCAGUUCUCCUACUCUGUGGUCCGUUGGUUGCCUGCCUUUGGUGGUUACAGUCCCCCAUUUUCAUUCUAGCACAAUUGCAACCUUGGUUGAUAAUGUACAGUGGUACCUCGGGUUACAUACGCUUCAGGUUACAAACUCCACUAACCCAGAAAUAGUACCUUGGGUUAAGAACUUUGCUUCAGGAUGAGAACAGAAAUUGUGCUCCAGCGGUGCGGCAGCAGCAGGAGGCCCCAUUAGCUAAAGUGGUGCUUCAGGUUAAGAACAGUUUCAGGUUAAGAAUGGACCUCCAGAACGAAUUAAGUACUUAACCCGAGGUACCACUGUACAGUUUAUUUUAUCUCCCCUCAGUGUUCUUGCUGUGCCUCCUCGAGAGGUGCACUCUGCAAUCUGAGAACUGUGUUCUCCUCACAGUGGUGUGAAUCUGUCUUUUUCUUCUAGAGUUGAAGAUGGGAAGCAUUCAGCAGAAGUAUCCCAGUUCCAGGAAGAGCUGGCAGAAGCUCGUUCCCAGCUCCAGCUCCUCCAGAAGCAGCUGGAUGAGCAACUUAGCAAGCAGCCUGCAGAAAACCAAGAGGUGAAGCAUCAAUGUUGCUCAUCUUCCUUACUUGCAUGUCGAUCCAGGGGCAUUGUUAGAAAAAGAUAAUGUCAAAUGUCACACCACUGAGUGGGCAAUGAUUUGAUGGGUGAAUCUAGGUUAUUAAACAGGGCACCAAUUGGGUGAAAUAUGUUUCAUUCAAAAUUACCUUAUCUAGAGAUUAUGGCGGGGUUGGGGGGAUGAAUGGGAUCAACUGAGGGCAAACUGAAUUUAUUUGGGAAAUUAUUUUAGAGUAAAUGCAUUUUAAAACGACUGAUUUGGAGUUGGGAGCAAAAUAAUUGAAGAAUUUACCUGGAGUGGGAAUUUGCUGGCCGGCCUCCUGCGGCAUUUUAGGUUCUAGGUUUUGCAUAAGUAUGUAUAAAUUAGCAAAUGCACAUUUUAUGCAAAAUUGUGAGCUUUGCUGAGGCAUCUGGUUGGGCACAGUGAGAACAGAGUGCUGGGUUAAAUAGACCAUUUAGUCUGACCCAACUGGGCUCCUCUCCUGUUUUUAUUCAAUCAAUCAAUCUUUAUUACGGUCCAGAGACCCAACAAAUCGUUACAAAGCAAUACACAAUUCAUACAGACUACCUCCAGGUUAAACAUGCAUUUUGUUCAGAAUAUAGGGAUCAUUGGUUCUUGCAACCACUGAUAAAAACUUUGCCACUGCUAAUUUUCUAGCAUUUGUCUGGUCUUCCAAUAGGAACCUGACAUAGUGAACCUCUGAUUUUCCCAGGAAAGGUACCAGCAAGGGUAGUAUCAGUUCAGCCCUGGCCUGCUCAUAUUUUGCACAGCUGUUUUUAUUAAAUCUCACUGAACUUCAAUGUGAUUUAAUUGACCUGCAGUAUUACAGCUUCUUAUGUAAUUAUAUUUUGAAAUACUACCCCCCAAUACACAUUUUUUAGGUUGAAGAUCUCAAGUGGGAAGUGGAGCAGAAGGAGAGAGAAAUCCAAGCCCUGAAGCAGCAGUUGGACUUGACUGAGCAACGCAACCAGAAGGAGUUGGAAGGCGUACAAGCCGUUUUACAGGUAUUUAAUUGGACUGUCAGCCAGUUGUCAUGGAAGAUCUGUUACGAGACAUAAUAAGAUGCUAAUGAAAUAAAAGGUUUAUGAGCGUUCCAAGCCUCCACCAGAGUUCAGAUUCUAUAAGACUUGUGAGACUACGGCUGCAAUCCUAUAACUCCGUAUGGGAGUUACCCAUAUGGAACUCAAUGGGACUUGCUCCUGAGUAGAUAGGUUGAGGCUUGCCAUCUAAAAGAAGGGACCUCUUUCCUUUUUUUGGAAUGAUCUUUGGUUAAUGCAGAAGGUCAAUGUCUCCAAUAUUCCUUCUUCUAGAAUAUCAAGACAGAGUUGGAGAUGGUUCGGGAUGAUUUGUCCUUAACCCAAAAAGAUAAAAUCACGCUUCAGGCAAAAGUGACUGAACUCAAGAAUAGCAUGAAGACUCUACUGCAGCAGAACCAGCAACUGAAGCUGGACUUGAAGCAUGGAAAGAUGAAAAAGGUACUUAAGAAACACAAUAUUCAUCUGUAUUUCAUCCUUUUCCUAGAGAACACAAUAAUCUUAGUUUUAUCAUAAUUAAUUUGUAAUGGUUCCUUUUUUGCAAUAACUCCCCAAGGCUCUCAGCAAUCGCCUCAAGCCCACUUUUUGUCAGAGACAAAAGUACUACAUCUUCUGCAUAUAAUAGAAUUGGCAGGGGGUUGUUUGACAGACUAGGAUAGUGAGUAUGUUCCACUGGUAAGCUUCCUGCCAAAUAAUUUACCGUAUUUUUUGCUCUAUAAGACUUUUUCCCUCCUAAAAGGUAAGGGGAAAUGCGUGUGCGUCUUAUGGAGCGAAUGCAGGCUGCGCAGCUAUCCCAGAAGCCAGAACAGCUGCAGCAGCGAUCCCUCUUGUUGUUCUGGCUUCUGAGAUUCAGAAUAAUUUUUUUCUUGUUUUCCUCCUCCAAAAACUAGGUGCGUCUUAUGGUCUGGUGCGUCUUAUAGAGCAAAAAAUACGGUAUAUAAAAAGAGUAGGGGCAAAGAUGCAUCCCUGUUUCAUUCCUUUGAGAGCAAGGAUGGAGUGGGAUAGAUAACCAUUGCUAUUACUGCCCAAAAUAAAAGGGUAAUACAUGUAACCUUCCAAAUUGUCCUGCAGUAACCAUCUCAAAAAUUAAGAGUCAUCUCUAAGCUCAAAAGAGGCAAGGCCCCAGGAAUUGAUGGUACUUGAGAAACAACAGUAGAACAAAAGGGCUUUUCCCUGAGAACAGUUGAGCUAUAAGAGCAAGACCAUUGGUUGUAUCUCAUCCUAGACCUACUGAAAUUAAUGGACAUGUGAGUAACGUCUAUUAAUUCCAAUGGCUGCUUUUUAUUUGAAACAAAUACACAGUGGCAUUUAUGGCUGUUAACUUAAGCUUAAAUGCCUGGUGAAGUGUUAGAAGCAGCUGUUGUCUUUUCGCUAAAGACGAAACAACGUAAAUUGAGACGUGCUUCAUUUUAGACUCGUCGCAGAAUCCAGCUUUUAUUGGUUCACAGUUGUCGUACAUUGAGUGGAGUGGGAUUGUGCACACAGGGUAAGAUGCACAGAGAGAGAGUGUGUGUCGUCGUCGUCUCCCCAGUACAAAUGUAUUGCAUUAUGAGCUGCUUUGAACCAUCUGUCUUGGCUUAUUGAACUUUCACAAGCUGCAAUUAAAAUAGGAAGCUUCUAAUGAACUGAAAAACAGUUGUCACCAGCUUCGGAACAAUCCAAGAUGUUAAGCUAACUCCCAAACCGUGGAUUUAUCAUUGUGGCUUAUUUCAAAGCUGAUAGCCCUAAGUUGGAUGAAAUGAGAAAUGGAUAAUAAAAUAAUCUAAGCUGCCAUUUAUACAGUGGCAUUCAUGGCUGAUUAAAUGUCUUGACCGUACUUGGGGGUCUAGUGAGAGCGUAGUCAAUUUUAAUAAAUUAUUAUUAAAAAAUAUAACACACAAUAAUUAGGCAGUUACAGAAAAUGAAAAAUAAAACAACAAACACUGAGAAUUGUCUCUGAAUACACCAACAAACUUUAGUCUAAGUGUAUAUGCUAAAACCAUUAUAAUUUUAACAAGCAGCAAAAAUGUAGUGUAUCGGCAGCAAUUAUGGUCUAUAGCAGUUUAUAUAAAGGCAAGAGGAAAAGAGAAAAAUAAUAAUUAAAAUAUGUGCUUCAUACAUGCCAAACUGUGCUGUAGACUAUAGGUCCUGUCCUACCGUAUGCCUCACUGUGUAAUUACACAAAGGAAACACAACAAUUUUUAUGCAGUCUGGGGCGACUUUAUCAAUUGAACAGGAUGCCAGCCCUAUUUAAUUCCAAAAUAUUUCCUUCUUGUUCUUUUUAUCUAUCUAUCUAUCUAUCUAUCAUUUAAUAAAAUUUAUUUACCACUUGAUUGUAAGAAACCUCAAACAGCUUACAAAAAAAAGUCAUAUUAUUGGCAAAAACAAUUAUAACUAAUUAAGGUGUUCAGAAUUUAAAACCAAUAAAUUAAAUCCGCAUUCUAGAUAAAGGGUUGGCUUGUCUAAACAGGUGCCGAAAAAUCACUAAGCAGGAGUUCCAAAGUUAGUUGCUGCCAUGGUAAAAGAUUGAGUUCUUACAAAUGACCUUUUUCUGCUGGUGGAAAGCAUGUCUUAAGAACUGUGCUUCAGGUAUUCACAGUAGAGAGAGCUGCGGCUUAUUGCAUGUGGAUUGAUUUGUUUCUUCUUUCAAAAAGAGAAAAACACUGAAGGGAGAGUCAAAUCCUUCAAACCCGGUGACUCCAGUGAAGAUUCCUGACUGCCCCGUCCCGGCAGCUUUGCUGGAAGAGCUGCUGAAACCUUCAGCAGCUGUGAAUAAAGAGCCUUUGAAAAACCUCAACAGCUGCCUCCAGCAACUCAAGUGAGUAAAAUCCUGCUGUCUCUCUGGUAUUUUUUUUUUUUAAACCUGCUUAUUACUACUUAUAAGUAUUUUAGCAGCUUCAUGAACAGUGACAUGGACAGAUGGUGUUUGCUUUUUUUUGUCUGAAAUGCUCAGGUCUUCUCUGUAGGAAAUAUGUCAAUAUUUAUGUUCUGCUUUUAGGGGUUUUUUCUUUUUCUUUCUUUCUUCUUUUAAGAUAUAUUAUUAUCAAAUGACAACUAGUAGGAUAUUGGGUUAGAGACCCAGGCUGCCAUCCUACUCACACUUGUUUUGGAGUUCAGAAUUACUUUUGAGUAGACGUGGUUAGGAUUGCAGGCUAAGUGCUCCAUCUCUGUGAUUCUAAACGUAGAAGUCUCUAUCCGUACAAUUUAAUUGCUUUCCUUGCCGUGUACAUUGCCCUCUGUCACUAUUCAGUUCUACCUUCUUACCUAACACUUUGUUUUCCUCCCAGCAGUGGCGUAGCGUGGGGGGUGCAGGGGGGGCCGGCCGCACCAGGCGCAACAUUGGGGGGGCGCUCGCACUCGCAGCUCUCUGCCCCUACUAAAAUCCACGGGUUAGGGGGCGCAAAUUACUUGCCUUGCUGUGGGGUGCUGACAACCCACGCUACGCCACUGCCUCCCAGUGCUGCUUUUUGAUACUGUUCUUUUCGCUUGCUAAAUACAAACAAGACAGGGUGCCAAAGGAGUCAUCCUUUCCAAUCCAAAGUAGACAACAUGGCAGGGCAUGGGGCAUCUUUGCUCUGCGGAUGUUGCUAGACUCCAGCUCCCAUCAUCCCAAACCUUUGGUCACGCUGGCUGGGGUUGAUAGGAGCUGGAGUCCAAGAACGUCUGGAGGGCCACAGGUUUAUCCCUGCAACACUGUGUCUGUCUUGUAUUUAUUACAUUUAUAUCCCACUUUCCUUGCCAAAGAAUUCAAGGCAGUGUACAUGGUUCUCUCCAGUUCUUCACCUUUGGUAAAGGACCCCUGACCAUUAGGUCCAGUCGUGGCCAACUCUGGAGUUGUGGUGCUUAUCUCGCUUUAUUGGCUGAGGAAGCUGGGGUACAGCUUCUGGGUCAUGUGGCCAGCAUGACUAAGCCACUUCUGGCGAACCAGAGCAGCACACGGAAACACCGUUAACCUUCCCGCUGGAGCAGUACCUAUUUAUCUACUUGCACUUUGACGUGCUUUCGAACUGCUAGGUUGGCAGGAGCAGGGACCGAGCAACGGGAGCUCACCCCAUUGUGGGGAUUCGAACCGCUGACCUUCUGAUCAGCAAGCCCAAGGCUCUGUGGUUUAACCCACAGCGCCACCCACGUCCUCUUCACCUUUGACCUUGCAACAAAUCUGUGAUGUGGAUUUGGCUGGCCCAAGCUCACCCAGAGAGCUUCAUGACUGAGUAGUCCUAGUUCAGCACUGACCACUACCCCACACUACACCUCUAAAGUUGGUUUCCUGCCCCCUUGUUAAUGCUACCGUUAAAGUGAUAUAGACUCUUGUAUGUUACCAUUGUGAAAAUGGAAAACCUGUAUUUUUUCUUAUAAUAUAGAUGUUAAUAUAGAAGACAUGUUUUCUGGCCAUCGCAGUGCAGACUAAAGAGAGGUUCUAGAUGAUAAAGAUCUAUAAUCUCUCUCAAGUCUGGAUUAUGACAGCCAGAAAUGUGUCUUCCUGAAAUCUUGUGAAUCCUGUGAUAUAAACCCAUCCCCUUGUGGAAAUACUGCUAGCUGCCACUCAGCCUUCAUCUGUAGUCUUGCCUUCUGACUUCAUUAUUUCAUCCAAUGAAAACUGACUGGCACUAGGUUCAAGGGCAACCAAAUAACAACCUUCACAAAACUUAAUUUAUGGAAUUUUCUACCGUAAGCGUGGCAGUGGCCACCAGCUUAGUUUGUCUUAUCCUCGUUUUAAACCCAAGUCAUGGAAAAUAAGUCUGCCGAUGGUGAUGACUAGAGAGACCUGUAACCAAACGUUGUGGCCUAGGGCUAGAGUACUCCAAUGCGCCUCUUAGCCAGCCAUAACCUCUCCUGGGGUACUCCAAUUCUUUCCCCUUUGUCUCGCCACCCAAACAAGUUAGCCUUCUUAGUAAUCAUUGGAUAGUUUUGGUUCCUCCCCCUUCCCCAAGAUGCUUUGUGUUUCCACAAGCCUUAGUGUUCCAUGAAGGCUGCUGAUACUUCUCUUGUGUGGGUGGUAUCAUUUUAGCUACGUAAAGAACAGUGGCACUUAGGAGAAUUGCAAAUGCUAUAGAUCAGGGGUGGCCAACUCUCAAGAGACUGCAAUCUACUUUCAGAAUUAAAAACUGGCAGUGAUCUAUCCCUGUUUUUAGGGGUUCAGCUCCAAGUUGUUGAGCUUUUUUUAGGGGUUAAAGAAAGCUUUUGGGGGGGAUUAAGUCACUCACAAAGGGAUGCGGGUGGCGCUGUGGGUUAAACCGCAGAGCCUAGGACUUGCUGAUCCGAAGGUUGGUGAUUCAAAUCCCCACGAUGGGGUGAGCUCCCAUUGCUCGGUCCCUGCUCCUGCCAACCUAGCAGUUCGAAAGCACAUCAAAGUGCAAGUAGAUAAAUAGGUACCGCUCCGGCGGGAAGGUAAACGGCGUUUGCAUGUGCUGCUCUGGUUCGCCAGAAGCGGCUUAGUCAUGCUGGCCACAUGACCCGGAAGCCGUACGCCGGCUCCCUCGGCCAAUAAAGCGAGAUGAGCGCCGCAACCCCAGAGUCGUCCUCGACUGGACCUAAUGGUCAGGGGUCCCUUUACCUUUUAAGUCACUCACAAAGGAAUCGCUUUGGAUUAAAUCAGCAGCACAGAGAAAGCUUCUUUUCCUCUUCCCUUCCAGAGAUCAAACAACAAUCGAGGGCGGGGCAGGAGUCAGUUUUAGUGGCGCUAAGGAAAGGGAGCCACAGAUCGACCGCAAUAUACCAAAACCUCGCAGGGAUCUACCAGUACAGCGGCUCUCAACCUGUGGGUCCCCAGAUGAUGUUGGACAACAACUCCCACCAUCCCUAGCUAGCAAGGGCAGAGUUCAGGGAUGAUGGGAGUUGUAGUCUAACAACAUCUGGGGACCCACAGGUUGAGAACCGCUGCACCAGUACAUUGCGAUCGACCUGUUGGACAUCCCUGCUAUAGAUGAUAACAACAAAUCAGAAUUUCCAUGUUCAGCGUCAGUUUGCCACUCAAUCCUGAUUGCUGAGCAACAGAGAGCGGGGUUGCUGUUUUCAUUGUGGGCUUCUUGGAGGCAUCUGCUUGGCCACUGUGGAAAACUGGAUGCUGGACUAGACGGGAGUUUGGUCUGAUCCAUUAGGGCUCAUAUUACAUUCUUAUCCCACCCUUUGCUCCUUUCUGCUUAACAAAGGCAGGAGAUGGACAGCCUUCAGCGUCAGAUGGAAGAGCAUACGAUAACAGUCCAUGAAUCGAUGUCUUCAUGGACACAGAUAGAAGGGCAACUAACGGACUUUACAUCUAACUUUGCUGCAACUACGACGGGCAACCAGAGCCUCUCCAUUGUAGACCUAAAGGAUAAUAACCUAAGUGCUGGGGAAAAUGAAGAGCCGAUGCAGUGA